AUGGAACACUUGAGCGGCCCAGUCAUAUUGUGCUGCUUCUGCAUGUCCAGCGUUGCAUACUGGCAUGUCUUUGUUGUUGUUGACUACCUACUCCGCAAAUGGGCACCCGACGUGUAUAAACGACUCGAGCGCGAAGACAUUGUACGGAAGCUCAAUCCAUAUCUGAUCAUGAUCGUUCGGAUGAUCAUUGGCCUCUUUGUCUCGUUACCGGCCUGUGUACAGGCAAUACAUACGACAACUUGGGGAGUUUACCAGCCCCUGAGCACAUCUGGCCAGAUCUGCGUUGUCUCGCAGCUUGUUGUAUGGUCCAACGAGCUACCCGUUGCCCGACUCUUCUCCCCCGAGCUCUUCGUUCACCACCUGUUAUGCCUUGCCGCCACAUCGAACAUCCUCAUAUCGCCGCCGGUCCAUCAGAUCAAGCCGCUAUACAUAUACUUUGCCUCUCUGGUAGGCGACAUUGGGCCAGGAUCGGCUGAUGUUUUGCACCCGUUCAACCUUGCUGACUGGGUUUGGGUGCUGGCGGUGAUGCUUUUCGGCUUCUACUCGCUUUAUAGCGCAUUUCGCAACUUGAAAUGGUUAGGGGUCAUUCGAGUUCAUCUAGUGCAAUACAGGGUCACCUACUUCUGCCGGUUCAUGGUGCCUGUGGCGCAUACGAUGCUUGGAGCUGCUUGCGGCGUUACACUUCUCUCGGCCUUGUUUCUCUACGGGUUGUACCUUGAUCGGCCUCUGAGAGCUUCAGAGAUAGGCCUCAUAUCGAUCAACGGAUUGGUGGCCGCGGCAAUCGGUCUCACAGGCGCCAUUAUCACAGGGAUAGCGCUUCCCUACGGUUCAUCGAGAUCAACUCCGUGGGGAAGUCAGUAUCUCCAGGUUGGGAUACUUUUGGCGGGGCUCUGGGCUCACAGAAUCACCAAGUUGACUGAUUAUGUUGAUCGAGAGACAAUCCUCUCGUCAAUGGGGGUCAGCUUGCCCCUAUUCCAGGCCUUUGCAAGAUUGGCACACUAUUACUCGGCCAAGGAUGCUGUUGCAGCAUCAGGCGAGAAGCUGUACCUUGACGAAACUCCAGCAAAGAGGCAUCUGCAGGUGAUGUGCGAGAAUAUCACAACCUUUCUCGUGGCCCUAGCCCUCUUGGUUUUCAACAUCUUGACCGUCUCAGAGGCUGGGCGGUUAGCUGUAGCGGCCUGCGCCGUGAACCAACUGCGAGUUUGCUCAAACACUAUCCCUAUCAGCUGCAAAUCCUCACAGCAGACUGCUAGGGCGCUGUUUACCAUGGCACGCAUAGCUGUGGAUCACUUUGUCGUUGCAUUUCUCGUUGCGGCACGUCACAUCCGACCUGAAGCCUCCUGGACCGAUGUUGCUUCCAACUCUCUUCUUCUUGGGGGCACCGUAUUCGCAAGUCUUGCCUCGAGAAGCGCAGUCACAAUCAAGAAGCCAUGCGAGGUUGUCACCAAAGUCCGAAAGACGAAGAAAUGGAAUCCUGCCAUCUUUAUCUUUGUCUUUAUGUGCAUCCUUCAGUCAAUGCUGGUCAAGAAGUACCUUUCCUUUGAAGCAGGAAGCCGGGAGGUCAGCGUUGGGUUCAAGAACUUCCGUGCCAUCUUGUCGGAUCCCAUCACCUGGGCUGGUGUGUUGCACCUGAGUUCUCUGCCUGUGGUCGUCUUGAGUGGGCUGGGUUAG